UGGGGAAGUUGCCAGUCACAUCAGCUAGCUUGUAAGCACUAUGAUCAGCUACCGACUGAUCGGACGAUUUUUAGAUAUGGGUGGUAAUGAAUAGUAGCUGUAAAUAUAUGGAUUUCUAUAGUUCGAUUAUUAUUUGUAGCUACCUAACACCACAGUUUGCUGAUUAGAACUAGGCUAGUCUACCAAUCACGGAACGGCAACCGUAGUUAGUGACAGUGUUGCUGGGUGCAGGUGUUGGGUGUACGUACUUUGUUUAGAAAUAUUAGCCUAGCUAAGAGUGAAAACCUAGCCCCGAUUAUCUCAAGGAUUCUCCUCAAAAUGUACAACUGGGAAAGACGUGCAGCGGAGAACCUUACCAACGCUGACCAUAUGCGUGAAGUGAGAAGAAGGAUGGAUCAUGAGUAUCAGGUACGUUUCACACAGAACCAAUUGCGAAGAAGAGAACGGGAAAGAGCAGAUGCCGAGGUAAAAAGAGAAAUAAGACUUCGAACACCCUCACCGCCUGCACCUCAGUCAAAUAAGUUUAAAACCCGUACUUAUGAUAGGCCAUGGGCACAAGGAGUGUCAGCCACUAGGAAGUUGUCCUGCUCUACAAAGCCUUCCAUAUCUGAGGUGAGAAACACAUUGAACAAAGGCUCCAUGUCUCGUCUCCCUGCCAUUGGUAGAGGAUCCAAGGGCAGGGCAGCAGAGCUGGCAAGCUCUUCUAAGACCCCCUGGAGAGCCAGUGUCCCUCUGGCAUCUCAGUGCAAAGGGCCAUCCUCACCAUGGCAGAAGCCUAGAUCUGUGGAUUUGAAAAACAACGUAUCCAUCCAAGGGAAACCAAGCACUCUGAAGCGAACGCAAAGUCAAGAUACCCUGAAGGCAAAGAACCGAAUAAAGGCCCCGUGUGGGCAUCUGGACAGACCCAACAUCUCUCUGAGACGGGACCCAGUGUGUGUAUUAGACAGCCACUCCUUUCCUCAACCCCUGACCUCUCCCGGAAGAUUCAACACAGACUGGCACCGCCUCCCCUCACUGCAGUACCGUCCCCCCAGUCCAGAGGACUUCCAGCUCAUGUCUCAUACCUUUGAGGGCUUCUCCUCCGAGAACAGUAGUGUUGUCGAGGAAGACAUCAGAAGUGAACACGCAUACAGAGGGGGCCUUUUUGGGAGCUCUGCUGACACCACCCCAUCAUCUCUGGCUCAGUCCAUCUCCUCAGAAUGUCCUUCCAGCACUAGGACUCUGGAGAGCGCCCUCAGCGAAUCAUUUAUUAGCCCUCUUAGCAGCCGCUUCAGCUCUCUGGACAUCCUGUCAUCUGACUCAGACGGGGAGGAUAGGGAUGCAGCUUCCUCCUGGCAGGCUGCUGUUGGAGAGAGCUGCUACACCCCUGUGCAGUGGACCGGCUCUCAGACCAGCUUGAAUCACGUCAGCCCACUUCCAAAUGCCUUAAGUCCAGGGAGCCUGCAGUCUCAGCUGGGUCGAGAAAUAAUUACCCCAGAACCUUUAAGUAGAGCCUCUCUUGAUAGUGGCUGCAGUCCUAUGCCCUCAUUCAUACAAGUGGGCCAGGCGUCAGUCUCCCCAUCGCCUGCUGUCACAGAGAGGGUACACCGUGGUACUCUUGCUACCCCUGAGCAGAUAGACCACCAGCUCCCUGAGCUGGAGCUCAUCCCUAGGUGGCCUCCUCCCAGCUGGCUGGGGUCAGAGAGGACGUCCGAGGCCUCACCCACGGCCAGCUCUCCUGGGAGACACUCUAUGCUUGUCAGCAGGCAGGAGGAGCCGGAAGAGACCAGAGACACCAGUAAUGACAGUAGAGGGGAAACUUUAUCCUCCAGUGAGGCCUUGCGUCCUGGGACCUCGGGACUAAUGGAUCACCUGACCAUGGCACUGAUGGCUCUCCAUGACAUCCGCAGAGAGGUGGCACACAUGCAGAUGAAUCAUGCUCACAGUGGAAACGUUUCAGAUUCUCAGGAGGCCCAAUCAGCACCAGCUAGCGAUCCAGAAACCUUGCGUAAGAUCAAAGAAAGUCUGUUGGAAGAGUCGUCUGAUGAGGAAGGGGACCAGUGCCGGAUCUGCCAGUCUGGGGCUGCCUCACCCACAAACCCCCUGCUCACACCUUGCCAGUGCUCUGGCAGUCUGCAGUACAUCCAUCAUGAUUGCCUGAAAAAAUGGAUUCAGACCAAAAUCCAGUCAGGGACCACCUUGUCUGCCGUCAAAACCUGUGAACUGUGUAAGGAGAGUCUAACACUGGACCUGGACGACUUUGAUGUCGAUGAGUUUUACCAAAGACAUAACCACACACAGGUGGAGCAGGGCAGUGAGGAGCUGUACAUGCUGCUGCUCCUCCAGCAGAGGUUCUCAGCGCUGCUGCAGGUGGCCCAGAGCCGUAGCAACGCCGUCUCACGAAUGGCCACCAGGAUGUACCUGCUUCAGAGAGCUGCAGGGACAUCCAGCAUGGAGGUCUCCACUCACACACCGUAUGAUGAGGGCCAGGGGCACCAGAGGGCCGCAGAGGCCCCUGAGCAGCCACAGCACCACACCUGAGACUGACACGUAAUACCUGUCCCUCCACCUGUUCUGUGUAAUAUGUGAACUUAUCCUCAUUGAAUGAAUUGAAACGCACACAGUGCAGGAAAUCUGUUUCCAGUGCAACAUCUGGAGAAACAACAAAUAAACGGCAGGGAUGGGUAAAGCACUCAAGAAGAUUAAUGUAGGUU